UCAGCCAUAGAUUACUCCAAGCUCAGGGACUCGUUCCGUACCUUCCGUCUCAGCACCCUCCACCAGCACCCCUACAAGCUAGUAUCCAGUCACAGGGGUCUCUGGCUGGGCAUAGACAGAAAGUACAGGUGGCCGUCGGGGACUCAACCAUCACCUCUCUCCACCUCACCACCUGCUCCUCCCCACCCACUUGCUGGAGCGAAUCGCUAGUAGUUGUUUUCCUAGGAGGGGCUGGAACACUCCUUGACACCUCCUAGGUGUGGUUCCCCCAGGGAACAAGACCCACACAAGCGGACUGGAAGGCUUCGGACCCGGAGGGGAUGAACUGUGGCAACUUGCGUAGCCCGCAGCGCGGCGCAGUGGCAAAGGCGGGGGCGUGAAGCCGCGCAUCGCCGAUAGCUGGGAUCUUUUGCUGCUCCGGAGCUCCGGAGGCGAGCGGGAUCCUCACAGGCGCCCAGGGCAACCUGCGGGAGUGGCGGAGCCCCGCGCUCUCACCCUAGCUCAGUGGGGAGCGCAGCUGCAGCCGGGUUCAAGGCCCGAGCCCCGCGCGGCCGCCGCCCGCGGUGGGGGGUGGGCUGGGGGCGGGGCGGCCGGGGUUGCCUUCACCCGCGCGAUCCCCGAGCGCGGCACCCGGCGCUGCCGAGCCACCUCCCCUGCCGCCCGCCAGCAAGUUUGGCGGCUCCGAGCCCAGAGCUCCGCGGCUUUCUGAAGCAUUGGUUUCUUGCUGGCGUUGGUGCACCCUGCUUGGCGGGGAGCCUCUGGAGCGAUGCCGAUGGAUGUGAUUUUAGUUUUGUGGUUCUGUGUGUGCACCGCCAGGACAGUGUUGGGCUUUGGGAUGGACCCUGACCUUCAGAUGGACAUUAUCACAGAACUCGACCUCGUGAACACCACCCUGGGAGUCACUCAAGUGGCGGGACUACACAAUGCCAGCAAAGCAUUUCUGUUUCAAGAUGUACAGAGAGAGAUCCACUCAGCCCCUCAUGUGAGUGAGAAGCUGAUCCAGUUGUUCCGGAAUAAGAGUGAAUUCACCUUUUUGGCCACAGUGCAGCAGAAGCCAUCCACCUCAGGGGUGAUACUGUCCAUCCGGGAGCUGGAACACAGCUAUUUUGAACUGGAGAGCAGUGGCCCAAGGGAAGAAAUACGCUACCAUUACAUCCAUCAAGGGAAGCCCCGGACUGAGGCCCUUCCCUACCGCAUGGCCGACGGACAGUGGCACAAAGUCGCACUGUCAGUGAGUGCCUCCCACCUCCUGCUCCAUGUUGACUGCAAUAGGAUCUACGAACGUGUGAUAGAUCCUCCAGAGACCAACCUUCCUCCAGGAAGCAACCUGUGGCUUGGGCAACGCAACCAAAAGCAUGGCUUUUUUAAAGGGAUCAUCCAAGAUGGCAAGAUCAUCUUUAUGCCAAAUGGGUUCAUCACACAGUGUCCCAACCUAAAUCGCACUUGUCCAACAUGCAGUGAUUUCCUGAGCCUGGUUCAAGGAAUAAUGGAUUUGCAAGAGCUUUUGGCCAAGAUGACUGCAAAACUGAAUUAUGCAGAGACAAGACUUGGUCAGCUGGAAAACUGCCAUUGCGAGAAGACCUGCCAAGUGAGUGGGCUGCUCUACAGGGACCAAGACUCCUGGGUGGACGGUGACAAUUGCAGGAACUGCACGUGCAAAAGUGGCACUGUGGAGUGCCGAAGGAUGUCCUGUCCCCCGCUCAACUGUUCCCCAGACUCGCUUCCUGUGCACAUUUCUGGCCAGUGUUGUAAAGUUUGCAGACGUCAUAACUUCUGUGCAGAAGCACCUAAGUGUGGAGAAAACUCGGAGUGCAAAAACUGGAAUACAAAAGCGACGUGUGAGUGCAAGAACGGCUACAUCUCUGCGCAGGGCAACUCUGCAUACUGUGAAGAUAUUGAUGAGUGUGCAGCAAAGAUGCACUACUGUCAUGCCAACACAGUGUGUGUCAACCUGCCGGGAUUGUACCGCUGUGACUGCAUCCCAGGAUACAUCCGUGUGGAUGACUUCUCUUGUACAGAACAUGAUGAUUGUGGCAGUGGACAGCACAACUGUGACAAGAAUGCCAUCUGUACCAACACAGUCCAGGGACACAGCUGUACCUGCCAGCCGGGCUAUGUGGGAAAUGGCACCAUCUGCAGAGCAUUCUGUGAGGAGGGAUGCAGAUAUGGAGGUACCUGUGUGGCUCCUAACAAAUGUGCCUGUCCUUCUGGAUUCACAGGAAGCCACUGUGAGAAAGAUAUUGAUGAGUGUGCAGAGGGAUUCGUUGAGUGCCACAACCACUCCCGCUGUGUUAACCUGCCAGGGUGGUACCACUGUGAGUGCAGAAGCGGUUUCCAUGACGAUGGGACCUAUUCACUCUCCGGGGAGUCCUGCAUUGACAUUGAUGAAUGUGCCUUAAGAACUCACAGCUGUUGGAAUGACUCUGCCUGCAUCAACCUAGCGGGAGGCUUUGAUUGCCUGUGUCCCUCUGGACCCUCUUGCUCUGGUGACUGUCCCCAUGAAGGAGGACUGAAGCACAAUGGACAGGUGUGGAUCCUGAGAGAAGACAGGUGUUCAGUCUGUUCAUGCAAGGAUGGGAAGAUAUUCUGCCGGCGGACAGCUUGUGAUUGCCAGAAUCCAAAUGUUGACCUUUUCUGCUGCCCAGAGUGUGACACUAGGGUCACAAGUCAAUGUUUAGAUCAAAGCGGACAUAAGCUAUAUCGAAGUGGAGACAACUGGACCCACAGCUGCCAGCAAUGCCGGUGUCUGGAAGGAGAGGCAGACUGCUGGCCCCUAGCUUGCCCUAGUCUGAGCUGUGACUAUACAGCCAUCUUUGAAGGGGAAUGUUGUCCCCGCUGUGUCAGUGACCCCUGCCUGGCUGACAAUAUUGCCUACGACAUCAGAAAAACUUGCCUGGACAGCUCUGGUAUUUCAAGGCUGAGCGGUGCAGUGUGGACAAUGGCGGGAUCUCCUUGUACAACCUGUAAAUGCAAGAAUGGGAGAGUCUGCUGCUCUGUGGAUCUGGAGUGUCUUGAAAAUAAUUGAAGUAUUUUAAAAGGACUCAUCACGGGAUAAAAAUGGACAAAAUGACCAUCCAAUCUGAGGAGGAAGAGGAGCUUAUUUUUUUUAUUUUUUUUUUUUAAUCACAGUCAAUUACCAAAGUCUCCAUCUGAGGACAGUGUUUGGGUGGCCUCUGCCACUUUGCUCAUCCUUACUGACCUAGUCUAGAUGCCUGCAGUGCCGUGCAUUUCAGUCAAUGGUUGUUGAGUCUCCGUGUUGUAAAUCACCUUCCCCUUGUCAGAUCAUUUGCAGAUACAUUUAACGGAUCCCAUGAUAAAUGUUAAUGUAUUUUUUUGUUUAUUUUGUGUACUAACAUAAUAGAGACUUGGCACCGUUUAUUUAUUUUUCUUCAUUUUUGAUUCAAAUUCUAAAAAUAAAGUUGCCUGUUGUGACUUUUGUCUCGUUCAGUGCACACAGUAUUGUAGGCUCCUAUGGGACAUGUUGAUGAAGAUGUGUAGCAUCUGUCCACAGCAUCCUUCCGUUUCAAACUGUUGAACACAGAUGCCCACUCACUCAGCUGAAAACUGUUCAGGGCAAUUAUGCUACACUGAAGGGGAAAGGAUGCCAGACAUCAUUAAACAUCAUUUUAAAAAGUACUAUCUCCUCCCUGUUGCAAAAAAAGUGACACAUUUACUCACAAUUUCUAAGCUGUGAUCUUAAAAGCCCUUCUUGGCAUUGGAAGCCAAAUCUUGUUUAUAUUGGUUUUAUACAGUACUAAUAGCCAGCAACACACUUUAAUAGUUAUUAAUAAAGUUAAUGACAUGAUACAAGUCUCUGCCAUGUUACAUAAACACAGAUUAAGGAAUCUGCUCAGCCAUUGGUUUGGGGCAGAGGUGUUUGAUCUGCACCCUCUGUGGCAGAUUGCCAAGGUGUCUGAUUACUGCCCAGGGUCCCCCCAAAGACAUUGCAUCUUCCAUGGGUGAAGAAGGUGUGAGCCUUUAAGAGAAUCUGUUUGCAUGAGUUUGCUACUGUUUCAUUUUAGCCAAUGAUUGCUCAUUUAUUUACUCAUUCUUUUUACUUAAUGUCUAUGAGUGUUUUUUCUGCAUGAAUGUUUGUGCACCAUGUGUGUGCCUGGUGCCUAUGGAGGUCAGAAGAUAUUGGGUCACCAAGAACAGAUGGUGGUGAACUGCCACAUGGAUGCCAGGAAUGGAGACCAGGUCUCUGCAAGAGCUGCAAGUGUUCCUAACUAUUGAGCCAAGUCUCUGGCCCACAACCAAUGAUAUAUUUUUAAGAAUUGGCAGUUAUUCAGUUAUACUGUUACAUUUCAUAAGGUUUGUCAGGGCUGAACAUCCAACCUUAGGUGGUUCUUUGGGGGCUGUCAUGCAUUGUGCUGAAUUAAGUUAGUCCCUGGACUGCUGCUCAUGCCUAAAAGUUACAUCAAUGAUGCUAUAAGUAAUGUUUAAAUCCUAAAAACUAACAUCAUUAAUUUAAAAUUAUUAUCUCCACAUACUAUUAUUCACUAGUGUUUUUCCAACAGAGGUAAUAACCAAUAUUUUUUGUGAAAAUGGAGUACUCUACAUGAACUCGACUUUAUGUGAUGAAUCACAGUGACAACAAAUUGAAUAUUACACUUGGCAAAGACUGACACAAUGUGAAAAAUUAUGAAACAUCUUAUUUUAUCUCAGUUCCUUAUGUGGAACCCUGGAGUAAAGAAUUGAAAAUUACCCUUACAACAACUCAACUAAAAAGAAGCCCUUCCAAUGUUGUAAGAAGGAAAACUUACCAGACUUGCAACUGUGUCUACAGAUCUCUGUGUGAUGCAGGGUCCUCCUGUUUGUUGGAUGAGCCACUUCGCUUGCAUGCCCUAAGCAGGAGUCUGGUACUUCCCACAAAGGCCAGGUGACCAUGAAGUUACCACUGUCCCUAUCCCCUGUGGGAAGUCUGCCAACUCCUGCUAUAGAAAAUGUCUAAGGACAGACACACACCUUCGAGCCGCCGUCUGCACUUUUCCUUUCCUCCAAGACGUUAUCGACAAGCCACAGUUGUAUUUGAUUCCAGUGUGUUGAUACUUUACUGAAGGGCAAUUAACAUCAAUAGCCCCAAGUAUUUUUACAAAUACUAUUCUCAGACCCCAUAUUUUCUUUUCUUCUGAAACUUAAUGGAGUGAAUUUAAUCUGGGCUAAUUUCAAACCACCAUAGUGUCUAUCAAUAUGGAAUAUGCUUCCUAUAAUAUACUACAUGACAUUUAAUUGUUGAAGACACAUUGAUCCAGAUAAUAACACAUGCCUGCAGUUCCAGCCACUGGUGGCAGAGGGUGGGGGCUGAAGCAGAACAGGGAAUCUCUUCACUUCAUGAGUUUAAAACUAUCCUAUAAGAAUGUAAAACAUUUAAUCUCCAUAUAUCUGAUGCUUUCUAUGAUCUAGUGGGGAAACUAAAAUACAGCUUUAGAUGUGACCAACUAGAUGAGUGAUACGAAUGAGCAUUAUGUAAGCCCAGAUGAUCAGAAGGGAUCCUAUUCAAAUACACUUGACCUAGAACAUGAACUACCUUCUUGACUUCAUUUUUUUUUAAGACACCAAGUUGGAUAGGAAGGGAAUGGAAGGUAGAUCUAGGAAGAGUUAGUGGAGGAAGAAUGAACAUGGUCGAGGUACAUUCAUCUGGAAGCUGGGCAUGUGACUCACUGGUAUCGCACUUGGUAGUAUGCAUAUGACCCUUGGACCCAUAUGCAACAUCAUAAAAGCAAGCAGAUAUCAACAAAAAACCCAAAUCUAGUCAAUCUGGCAUUUAGCUACCAUGCUGAAGUUUUCAGGUGAAAAAAUGGGUAGUUACCUUAUGACAGAGUCCUACUUGAUGAUUCUGUCUCCUUGGGAGAUAGACAUGAAAAUUGGCAAGAAAUUAUAAAAAAAAUCCUGAGAUUAUGCUCUCCCUUUCCACUGUUGCUGGUACUACAGCAUUGUCGUGGAGAGUAGAGUGUGAGGACAGGCAAGAGUUAUGGGUAUUAAUUGAAUAUGCAUCAAUUAAAAGUUAACGUCUUAUUCUUUCCAUCUAGGCUAUAUAUGACUUUGUAUAUAUGUAUACAUAUCAUGUAUUUGCUUUAUAUUAGUAACAUAUGCCGUGAGAUUCCUGUGUAACCUAUAAUACAUGUCUAUAGAACUAUAAAAAUGGUUCUUCUAUGUUCAUAUACAACAUGCACAUGGAUAUACAUUAUACACAUGAUACAUAUUCUUGGAAUGUUCCUUCCUCUGAAAUUCUAAGAUCUGUGCUUAAUUCACUUUUAUGGCUUUUCAUGUCUAUCUGCCUUGUAUUAUAUUUGCAAUAGGCUGUGCAUUAGACUGUAUCCUAACUGUGUACAGUUGACAUCUUCUGGCAUCCAGCAUAGUGGUUGGGAUAUAAUGGGUUUUCAGUUAAAGUCAAUAUUGAAUUGUUA